AUGUACCACAUUUUAAUAGGUUUAUCAUGGAUGAUGAUCGUCAUCGGCAUCCUCACGGCAUUCUAUCUCACGUUCAAGACAGCGGCUGGGUAUGGGCGGUACGCUAAGGCAUCACGGGUAACAGUGCCUGCAAAAAUUUGCUGGUUUGUCCAGGAGGCGCCAGCGUUCUUCAUUCCUCUCUAUUUUACAUUCUACUGGCAGACAGCAUACGGGCUUCUCGCCAAUAGCCUUUUUAUGUAUCACUAUGCCUAUAGAACGUUCGUCUAUCCGUUCUCGCUGAAAUCCGGAAAUAACACGCCGCUUCCGAUUUUCAUCGCCGGUUUUUCGUUUUGCGUCAUCAACGGCUUCAUGCAAGGCGCCUGGAAUUCGAAAUAUCAAAUGAAUUUUGGAGAAUUGUCGACAUUUCAAACGAUGCUUAUGAUUGCUGGAAUUCCAAUUUUUGUCGCCGGUCAUUUAAUAAACAAACAAUCGGAUUCGAUUCUCUCGAAUUUGAGAAAACCAGGCGAGACGUCAUACAAGAUUCCGAAGGGCGGCAUGUUCGAAUAUGUCUCGUGCGCGAAUUAUUUCGGAGAAAUCGUCGAAUGGUGCGGCUACGCCAUGUUCACCCAAAGCCUUCCAAGUGUGGCGUUCGCCAUCUUCACCGCCAGCAACAUCGGACCACGCGCGCUCACCCACCAUCAAUGGUACCUCGAGAAAUUCCCCGAGUACCCGAAGCAGCGCAAAGCAGUUAUUCCAUUCGUUUUGUAA